AUGGCCCGCUUUCCAUUUAGUAAGAGGAAACUGAAGAUUCAAGAUACCUCUGCCUCUUCGACUGUCGACGACCCGGACUCUUCUUUCGCUUCCAAAUCUACCACUGGCACGGGUUCUGAAUACCGCCAUUCGUAUAUCUCCAAGUCUCCCCAGAAACCAAACAUUUCAAUUCCCCAGUCCCUGAUGCCUGAACACGUUGCUGACUACGACGACUACGACAGACCGGAUUACGACUCUCCGCCUGCCGGCCCGGCUCCUGGCAAUGCUUCCACGCCUUGGAAAAGACACAAGCUCUAUGACUCGCCCUUCCCUCGCUACAGACACUCGGUGUCCCAGGUGGCUUCGGAAAAGAAUGAAAUUUUUCUUAUGGGUGGUUUGAAAGAGGGCUCUGUGUUUGGUGACACAUGGAAGAUUGUGCCUCAUAUUGGUGGCACUAACAUUGACCGUUUCACUGCUUCUCACAUUGAGGUGGUGAACAAAAACAACCCUCCUGCUCGUGUGGGCCACGCCUCUGUCUUGUGUGGAAAUGCUUACAUUAUCUACGGUGGUGACACUGUCGAAACUGACUAUAGCGGCUCUCCAGAUGACAACUUCUACAUGUUCAACAUCAACAACCAGAAGUACACUAUUCCUCUGCACAUCUUGAACAAGCCAACUGGCCGUUACGGUCACCUGAUUGGCGUUGUGCUGAUUUCAGCCUCUUCUUCAAGAUUGUACUUGUUUGGUGGCCAGUUGGAAAAUGAAGUGUUCAAUGAAAUGUACUACUUCGAAUUGACCGACUUUAAGCUGCCCAAGGCUCGUUGGGAGCUUGUUGAGCCUCUCAACUCUUUCAGCCCUCCUCCUUUGACCAACCACUCCAUGUGUAUCCACAAGACCAAGAUUUACGUCUUUGGUGGUGUUUACAACAACGAGAAGGUGUCCAACGAUUUGUGGUGCUACGAUACUUUGAUCAACAAAUGGCUGCAGGUCGACACUACAGGCUCUACCCCAUUGCCGGUGAAUGAACACUCGGCUGUGAUUGCCAACGACCACAUGUACAUUUACGGUGGUAACGACUUUGCUGGUAUCAUCUACGAUUCCUUGUACGCAUUGGAUUUGCACACUUUCAAAUGGUCCAGAUUAGCUAGAGAGGUCUCUGCCAACGGUCCAGGUCCUCGUUGUGGUCACUCCGUGACUUUCUUGCCUAAGCUCAAUAAGCUUGUUAUCAUGGGUGGUGACAAGAAUGACUUCAUCUCUCCUGACGAAGACAACUUCGAGACCCAUGAGGAGUUUGGCAAUGAAAUUGGUACCAUGAUUUACGAAUUGGACCUCUCAGUUGCUGACCACUACUUGCGUGGCGGUUCUGCCCCUAAGAAGGUAGCUGCUUCUGCCAUUGGCUCCGGCUACGGAAGAAGAGCUACUUCUCCUGGUCCUUCUGAUGACCUUGGACGUCACCGCAGAAGUUUCAGUGCUGGUCCUGAGGACUUCCGUACUCCUACUGCCUCAGUUGAGCGUAUCCCUCGCUCUCUUGAUCCAAAGCUGGGUGUCCAUGAAUCCUUUGAGCCAGAGACUUUCACACCACAGAGACAGACUUACGGCAGAACCAAUGCCGCAGGUGGCGACUUUGUGGAUGUCGAUAUCCCAUCUUCUGCCAUCUCUCAACAAGAUCCUUCGGACUUGGACGAUGUUCGUGACAAGUACCUCUCCGAAGCUGAGAGCCCCUACAAGAACGGUAACGAUGAUUCUGUCGUUAGCGAAAGCGUUCCAUUUGACCAAUUGAGAAAUGAACACAACGAGACCCCAAUCUUGUCAAAGGACUUCGCCCGUGAAGUUGGUAUUGCUGAUGAGGGUGUCGCUCCUCUUUCUACUGGCCGUGACCAAAGAAACACCGACUCUCCUGCUUCUAACGGAGCUCGUGGCAUUGCUUCUCCAGUUCUCUCUCAACCAGCUGCUGUUGCCCCUCAAGAUGACUCGAGAGUGAAGAAGGUCAUUGCAGAACUUAAUGAUGAGAUUGCUCAAUUGAAACAGUCUACCAAGCAAGAGUUGGCUGCUGCCUCCGAAAAGAUGAACACCUUGGAACAGGAGAACACUAGACUCAGAGGCACAUUUGAGAAGUCGAUAAACGAGAAGGAUGCCAUGAUUGAUGAGCUCAGACGUUCCAUCGAUCCUGCUGAAUUAGAGAUUCCAGAAGGUGCAGAUGCUGAGGAGGUGAGCCAGACUACUUCCAGAAGAGGUUUCACUGAAUUGACGAAAUUCAAGUUGGACCGUUUGGAGUUGAGAAACAGAUUGGUCUUCUUAGAAAACGAGAAUGCUGAAUACCGUGCUAGGUUUGAGCGUUUCGAACCCUUCAUGGAGAACCAGAUUGGCGAGUUGAGCUCGUUGCAGAAGGUCAUUGAAGGCCAGGAGAACAAGAUUGCCACUUUGAGCUCACAAAUCGUCCUGGAAGAAGUCUUGCACAAGGAGAUUGCUGACUGGAAGCACAAGUUCGAGGAAUUGAAGAUUGAACACGAGAACUACAGGGCUGUUCAUUCUGAAAUUGAUGCUGGUGGUGAAGACGUUGAAGACCGUGAACUCGGAGAAGGCGAAACCACCGGUGCCCUUCCAAGAUCUUCUGCUAAGCUCAGUGCUCACUUGGCUAACUUGACAUCCUUAUGGCUGGCUACCAAGCGUCAAGACGCUGAUGCUCGUCUGAUAACUACCGAGGACAAUGCCACGAUAUCCAAGUUACAGAAGCAGAUCGACGAGUUGAUGCUUACUUCUAAGAGUCAACACCAGGGCUCUUCCGAAGAGGUUAAGGCUUUGGAAGAGGAAUUGAACAACAAGUUGCAAUCUUUGCGUACGUUUGAAGACAACUACCGUGAUGCCUUGCAAUCUGUCAACAACACAAGUAAAGCUCUUCAGCUGUCUCAUGACGAGUUGAGAAACCAAAAGUUGACCAUCGAGAAGUUGGUUAAGGAGAACAACGAGUUGAAGUUGUUCAAGAAGGCAAACAAGAGAAUUUCUUCCAAGUCACCUCUUGUGGAUUCUAAUGGCAAUUCGCCUGUCCCAGGUUCUCCUGCUGUGAAUGAAGCUGCUGCUGAUACCACAGGUGAUGAAGAGGAAGAAGGUGGAUUCACCAAGGCACACUACAACAUGAAGCUUAAGGAUUUGGAAGCUGACUUGUACAUUUUGAGGCAAGAGAAGGAACAAUUGAACGACACUGUCGCCUCGUUGAAGAAGGAGUUGUAUUUGGCUACGAAUUCCUCCUAA